UGGCCGCGCUCAGCGAUGUAAUGGAUGGCGUGGAAUCUGAUCGUCUUGACAGCGAGAUUUUUAAACGUUUUCCUUUGCUGCUUCCUUUGAAUGAACGCUGCACAGAGUACAAAGGCUUCCUCAAAAUAUUGGACGAAGACUUCUUCGUCCAUCUAAGCAUCGGAGAUGUUCACAAUCCCGACACAUACUGCCUGAGUGGUGACUGGGACCUUCAGCAACUCAUGAUAUCGUCGGGCAAAAACUUUGACGAGCUGUUUUCAAAAUGCAAGUCAGCCAGCCACUUUCUGAUGGAAUUUUGCAACAUGAUGGAGAUUGUUCUGCAGUCAAGGAAAAGAUGUCGGACAUUUGACCCCGCACCCGAAAUCUUCAGCCGGAUAAUGACUGAUGUGGAGCAUUGUGGAUGGGAAAACCUUGAACAUAUCAACGUGUCCGGAGAUGAAAUUCAUCUGAAGUAUAUUGAUCAGAGCAAGAGGAAGCAUGUACUGAAAAUCCAUUUUUCUGAAGCGUUCCCUGUUGAUGAGCCCAUGGUUGAGCCUGACUUGCCCAUUCAACUGGAAUUCUACUGGAAUAGUGAUGGAACAUUAAAAGACAUUUACAAGAAGUUCAAGGAGGAGGUUGAAAGGCUUCAAGAAUUUUGGGCUGCAAUGGAUGACUUGGACUCAAAUUGUUGGGUACUUGACCCAGCUAGCCCAAGACAUGGCGACUGCUAUCGAAGGAUCGCACUUGGAAACAACGUCUCUGUUGCCAUAGUGGUGCAGCCUAGAAAUCCAAAAGCCUUUCCAAGACUUGAAUUCUGUGGUCCCCACAGAGCUGUGAGCGCCCAUGAAGAAGCAGUUGAGCAGAACAAGUGCAAAUGGGACAGCAAUGACCUGAUAAGCACAAAUUUGGCAUCACUUUUGAGCAUGGAACUGCCGUCACGAAGCUGUGCUCAGCCUCCAGAGGACGUCGACUGCGCCUGUGGCAUCUGCUACUCCUAUCUCCUGGAAGGUCACAUUCCAGACAAGCUCUGCCAAAGCUCUCGUUGCAGCAAGCCGUUUCACCAGUCAUGCCUUGCUGAGUGGAUGCGCUCCCUGCCCUCUGUCAGGCAGAACUUCAAUAUGUUCUUUGGAGAAUGCCCGUACUGCUCCGAGCCCAUGUCGUGCAAAAUGUGAGGACCCGGUGAAUAAAUUAUUUUUUCAAAGCA